AUGGUGGUGAUCAAGCGGCCCUCGACCUUCCCCUGCCACUGCGGCCCCAAGCUUAUCCAAGCCCGCAACCCCAAGUCUCUCUUCCGAGACCUUGACGCAGGAGGAGGCUACCACGGAUACUCCAGCUUCCUCGCCUCCGACAACGACUUCUGCAACUUUCGUCGCUUUGAACGACUUAAUACUCGAGUAAUCCUAGCCUUACAAGACGAGCUAACGGAGAUCGAGGAUUCCCUCGUCGAGAUUGACCGAGCGUGCAGCAAACGAGAUGGUCCUGAUAUCAACAAUGGCUCGUUGCGACGAGAUACGCAACAGGAACGCGUGGAGCUGAUAUGGGAGGCUCGUCAGAAACUCGAGGAAUACAACCGAUACAUAUACCACUACAUCCAACUCAAGACCCGGGCGUCCGCUGCUGAAAAGGACGUCAGCAGCCUGAAGAACUGGUUCUAUAACCAUGACGGCGCAGUAAUUCCCGCGGAACGGAAAUACAUUGAUAUGGAUGAUCUCUUCACGCUUAUACCCAAAGACCGAGGCCCGCUGCGAUGUCUCUUCGAGUGUUCUUCUCGCUUUCGGUUCUUUCAGCUUUGGCAGAAGAACCCUACGGUAUCUGACCUACCGGUAUAUAUUCAGCAUGUUCAUUACUCGUCUGAUAAACGGAUUGAUCACUUCGUUAUGCUUACCACUGUUGUGAUCGGACUGGUUAUGCUGAUUGCCCCGAUAUGGAUCUUGACGUUUACGGAUCCUAUUGUGUUGAAGUUGACAAUGAUUACGAUCUUCAUACUACUCUUGAGUCUAGUUUCUUUGGGGACGAAUGCGAAGCCUUAUGAGUCUUUAGCAGCGACAGCGGCGACUCCGCUAUUCUAA